AGGAGGCGCUGCCUUGUAAGUUCUUGUAAGCUGCAGCAGUCAUCUGUCGACAUUAGCUCCCGUGGUUCAUGUGGAGUUGUUGUUCGUGUGUCUGCUCUCUUAGACUCGGAGGAGGAUGAAGGUGGAGAUCCGCCAGUGGAACGGAGUGGCCUCUUGGUUGUGGGUGGCCAAUGAUGAAAACUGUGGGAUCUGCAGGAUGCCGUUCAAUGGCUGCUGUCCAGACUGUAAAGUGCCUGGCGAUGACUGCCCGCUGGUCUGGGGUCAGUGCUCCCACUGUUUCCACAUGCACUGCAUCUUGAAAUGGCUGAACUCGCAGCAGGUCCAGCAGCAGUGUCCAAUGUGCCGACAGGAGUGGAAGUUUAAGGAGUGAACCUGUGGAGGCGGCGCUGCUGUACGCCUGCAGACCCUAACAGAGAGAGAGAGACGCCUGUGAAUGGACUACUUUUUUAUAUGAGCUGUAAAUAACUGUUUUUGUAUUUCUCCAUCUGAUGUAAUGCAGAGGAACCUGUUGUAUUAUGUUAUUAAAUUAAAAAGAAAAAACUACAUC